UGUAAACUGUCUCUUAACCAGUCGGGGCAAUAUUUGCUGGAGGGGACGAAGACACCGGAGUUGUUGCGCGAACCUAACAUGCGGUGAAUCUAAUAGCUCUUUUUUGUCUCUCUCUCGUAUUUGCAAUAUGAAGAAUGGAAGAAGACGAUGUUUCUAUCCGAGAGCAGAAUUUCCACAGCCAAGUUCGAGAGUACAUCAUCUGCUUCCUCCUGUUCGCAGUCCUCUACAUCGUGUCCUACUUCAUCAUAACGAGAUACAAGAAGAAGAGCGAUGACCACGAAGAUGAAGAUGCGGUCGUCAAUAGAAUAUCAUUAUACUUGUGCACUUUCACGCUGGCAGUGUCGGGUGGUGCCGUCUUCCUGCUGCCCUUCUCCAUCAUCAGUAACGAGAUCCUCCUCUCCUUCCCCAAAAACUAUUACAUUCAGUGGCUCAAUGGCUCCCUCAUUCAUGGUCUGUGGAACCUGGUGUCGCUGUUCUCCAACCUGUGUCUCUUUGUCCUGAUGCCCUUUGCCUACUUCUUCCUGGAGUCGGAGGGAUUCGCAGGUUCUAAAAAGGGCAUUAAGGCGCGUAUCCUAGAGACCUUUGUGAUGCUCUUCCUGCUGGCGUUGCUCAUCCUGGGCAUCGUGUGGGUGGCGUCAGCGCUCAUUGACAACGAUGCGGCCAGUAUGGAGUCACUCUACGAUCUUUGGGAAUUCUACCUUCCAUACCUCUACUCCUGUAUAUCUCUGAUGGGAGGACUGCUUUUACUCAUGUGCACUCCUGUGGGAUUGUCGAGGAUGUUCACCAUCAUGGGCCAGUUGCUAGUGAAGCCAACAAUCCUGGAGGACCUGGAUGAGCAGAUUUACUGCAUCCAUUUGCAGGAGGAAGCCCUUCAGAGGAGGUUAAACGGAUCGACCUCUUAUACCUUUUCUCGAGGAAACUUUACUGUGCAGCUCAACAAAGACCUGGACAAUAUUAGAAAUCUGAAGCAUAAAUUGGAGAGAAGAAAGAAGGCGUCCGGUUGGGAGAAGAACUUGUUGUAUCCGAUAGUGAUGCUGAUCCUGCUCGCAGGAACCACAAUCUCAGUCCUUAUGGUGGUAUUUAAUAUCCUCUACCUUCUAGUGGAUGAGACCCCCAUGCCCAAGGGGUCCACGGACCGGGGCAUUGGGAACACUUCUCUGUCCACAUUCGGCCUGGCUCAGGCGGUGCUGGAGAUCGUCCUCAUGUUCUACUUGAUGGUGUCGUCCGUCGUUGGCUUCUACAGCCUGCGAGUCUUCGAGGGACUCACUCCCAGGAACGACGACACCACCAUGACGACGAUCAUUGGUUGCUGUGUCUCCAUUUUGGUCCUGAGUUCAGCCCUGCCAGUGAUGUCCAGAACUCUAGGUAUUACCAGGUUUGAUCUCCUGGGAGACUUCGGGAGAUUUAAUUGGCUGGGAAACUUUUACAUCGUCCUUUCGUACAACCUGCUAUUUGCGGUCGUGACGACACUCUGUCUUGUGAGAAAAUUCACCUCAGCAGUACGGGAAGAGCUUCUGAAGGCCUUGGGUCUGGAUAAAUUGCAACUGUCAAACAGCCCCACGGACCCUGAAUCUGGAAAGCUCUCAGCCAACGGGCAUCAGAAAACUCUGUGAAAAGGGACGAUAGAUCAGCGCACGCACACACACACACGCACACACACACACACCUUAGCACAGCCAAAGGGAGAUUUCGACAGUACUGGCUGACUACUGAAAGGUAAAAGGGAUUGGAAGGAACUUAAUAAACCCGGGCAGUGUCUGACGGAUGCUGCAGAGGGAGGCUGGGAGCAAUUUAGCUUCGUGACAUUCCAUCCUCUGCGUCUCGCACGGAAGCUGGGGCCGAGCCAGGGAUGAGACCGAGGAGGGAAAUAGACUGGCAUCACUGCAGUGACCUUGACGUUGACCUCAACCGCGACUGUGACUUUAAACCACCCAUCUCUUGCUUCAGGGCGUCCCCACCCCCCCCUCUCCAGCAUUGCUUCCUGUUUACUGUUUUUUUUUUUUUGUUCCACAAACUCCUUCCCGCUGCAGUAGACAAAAGCAAGGAGCAACGUCUUUUUUUUUCUUUUCUAUCACCGUGCGCCUCCUCUGUUCUCGGUAUAGUAAAUGAACCCACCAUCCACAUGGGUACCUUUUUAUGUCAGUGUGUAGAUGGUAAUCGGUGUGUGUGUGAUAUGUGAGCAGUUGAUUGUCUGUGGUCUCUGGUUGUUAUGCGAAAUAAUGCAGGCAUGAUAAAAAGGUGUCAGUCUUUUUUUUUCUUCUUUUUUUUUUUAAGAGCUUAAGAUGUGAAAAGGACAAAAUGUGCUUUGUGAAGCAUGAAAGAAGUCAGUUAUUCUCCUCCCAUCCAAUAUAUAAAACUCAUCCAUACGAUUCACAUCAUAUGCAUUUGCACUAUCCCAACUGAUGGGCUGCAUUCGUCUUCUUAUUUGGCUUGACAGAAGUGCGCUUUAACUUUAUUGAUGAUGUCGUUAGUUUGUAUGACGUAGGGUAAGAACUUUUUCUUUAGGAGCUCUAGGUUAGACUUGAGCUACUCUACAAAUGGGAAACUAUAUUGGAGUUCCAUCCUCUUCAGUUCCAAAGAGCAGAAUGCUUCAGGGCAUUUGUAGCUGAGCCUGUGGUUGUAAUUCCUUGAAUUUUAUUUUGUACAUGUUAAAUCAAAAACACCAUCACAUUUUUGCUCACCCUCCCCCAUAAAUAUAUAUUUAAAUUCACAUGGCACAUAAAGAAAUAGUCAAAUAGUUCAAUAGGUCAUUUUUGUAAAUGUUACAUGUAAAUAUCACUGUGUUUCAAAACUCUUUUGCAUUAUUCAGAUGUAAAUAUUUGGCUCUUGUUGAGUCCAAUAAGGGUCUGACUCACUAAGCAAGCUGUACUUUGUUGUACAUAUUUUUUUUAUGGACACCUCAAUCCAAUGCAAACGUGUAACAAUCUUUACAUGCAGAAUGCAGGGUGUGAAAAUGUGCAACUUUGCAGCUGGUAGAAAGACUUGGUGACUCAGGCCCGAUUUACAUGUAGUUGUAUUGCUGCAUAAUCUUCUAAACUGUGACGUCCUUUUGUCUCCAGAACCACCUUAAAUGCCUUAAACGACAAGCAUCUCGCGGGCUUAAUGUUAAGGUUGUUUCUUGUUCCGUGUCGUUUGUAAAUGCACUCGUACGUAUGUGUACAAGUGCAUGGUUUGUCUCUGCACAGUUCCACUGUGAUCCCCGUACGCCACCGAGUUUCUAGUCAAGCCAGCUCGCUAUAAUGUACACAUUGCUUUGUGCCAUGAAUGUUUUCACAGUGGCUCUUAUGAAGUGAGAAGCUUCCUUCAUUCGUUCCUCUGAAAAAGUUGAACGCUAGAAUUGGGUUGAGUGAUGUAACGACGUUAUCUCUGGCAUUGUAUGUCAUGUGUUUUCAUGACUUAAUUAAGUGAGACAAAGGACAAGGAAAUUGAGAAAUUCUUCUAUUUGCAUUUGGAACUUGUUACUUCAGACAGGGAUUGUUUUUCUCAAAGCUGUCUACCUUCUGCCUGCAGUUUUACCCACAAUUUUAACUGGCUAAAACUUGUACGGAGUGUGCAAUUUCAUUGGGUACUGUGAAUAAUUAACGUGGUCCGCAGGGAUUUGGCAAAGCAAAAAGAGAUAUUAUAAAUUAGCAAGAUAUCACUUUAAAUGUCAAGUAAAUUAGUGAAAGUAUGAAACGAAAUGUACGACUUGAUUUGGAUGAACUACAUUAACUAUAUGGCUUGUGUUGGAUUUUUUCCAAUUCCAUCAUGGUGGUGCAGACAUCCAUUCCGCUGCAGACUUCACAUUGAAGUGUACCUCCCCUAAUAAAACAUUGCAUAAGGACUUGAGAGACAUUUUCUAUUCAAGCUAACCUUUUAGUUGCCUCUAGAGUACAUCUCUGGUGUGUGUGGGAUUCCAAAAGGUGAGCUGUUCUGUACGUGAAGCAGCUGUCUGAAGUCUGUACUGUCAUGUCAGUUGGUCGCUGCAUGUCAUUUUUAGUACGUUUUGUGAAUGUGUUUCUUUACAAUUUCUCAGUUUGCUAAAUGUAAGUUUAGUUAUUUUUGAUGUCUUUGCAAAUAAAAAAAAUGUAGAAAACUG